AUGGAACAAAUGGAAUUUGCUUUCAUGAAUAGCAGAAGGAAUCAAGGAUCUUCAACUGACCAAGGAUGGGAAACCAAAUGUUGGGAAAAGCCAGCAGAAGAAGUAGUGAAAAUUAACUAUGAUAGCUCCUCGGUUGGGGGAUCCAAGUCGGCAGGAUGUGGAGGGACAAUAAGGAAUCACAAGGGUGACGGGUUAGGGGGCUUCGUAAACAAAAUAGGCUAUUGCCCCCCACUACAAGCAGAGGCAUGGGGCCUGUUAAGGAGUAUCCAAUUAGUUAAACACCUGGGGUUCAAGAACAUUGUAUUGGAGGGAGACUCGACACAACUUACUAGGAUUUUCAGAGAUGGCGCAGCAACGAGAACUCCAAUCCUCAACAUAGUGCAAGCAUGCAAAAAAGAACUUCGUAUCAUGGAGUCUUGGAGAUUAGCUACUAUACCCCGAGAGACCAAUGCAGUAGCAGAUAGGAUGACAAAAGCAUCAAGAUACUACCCGAAAGGCUUUCACCUGUUAUCCCAACCGCCGAUUGACAUCAGCAACUUAAUGGAGCUUGACAGAUUAGGCUGCCCGAAUUGGUGUUUUAUGUAUAACCAGGGUUGA